UAUUCAGUAUUAUUCCCCACCCGUUGAAAAUAAUUUUAUUAUAAUUGUUAAUUCACCCAUACCGUUUGUUUAUACGUCAACGUCAUCACCUAUCGAGAAUAUCAAUAUCAAUUUUUUUUUUUAUAACUGAUUUUGGACAAUCGAAUUGAGAUUAAUUGUUAUUAAUAUUAUUAUUAUUUCGAGUUUCGACAACUGUCUGGUUCACCGCUCACUGUGACCGUCGCCUAUGGUUCCUGGGCCCGUGGGCUCGGGCGCCUGUGGUACUCGGUAAAUGCGGUCUAAACAGUAUUGCAGUAAACUCUUUAGUUGACGACCGAAUGUGAUACAGGCCACAGACAUUGAGACAUUACCUAGCGAGUAGCGAUAAAAAGGACUGCGACAGACCGCAGGAUCGACGCACUUAUAGUUCAUUCUUUGUUAUUAUUUAAAUAUUUUUGUUGUCUUGUUGUUAUUAUUAUUAUCGUCGUCGUCUUUUAUUACCGUCUUUAUCAUUGGCCGUUGUUGAUUAUUUGUUUAUUUCGCAGCUUAUCGUACGUCGCGACCGUCGCGUACUCGCAUCCCUACAACGGCGGGGCAGGUACCUGACAGAAUCGACUGUAGUCGAACUUACGCACAGUAUAUCAACUUCCUGUUUCGUUUGGUGUGACCUGCCAUCGCAAAUCGUUCUCGAAUUCUCGUUCAGUCGCGACCGACUUUCUUAACGUCCGUGUUAUCAUAAGAAGGUGUAAAAAAAAAAAGAUUCCUAUUCAUUGGUACCAAGCACAAUAUUGUUCGAGCUCGCCAUCCGUGUCGCCCGCGUAUCGCAAUCGUCAGUCUCCUUGAACGUAAGAAUCCAGUGGUGUGGCGACGGAUUCCAUUAGUUGGACGGUACCACGCACACCAUGUACUGGACUGUUCACAUGUAUGGUGGCCCUCGACGGGUCAACCACGCAGCCGUCGCGAUCGGCACAAGCAUUUUCACAUUUGGCGGUUACUGUAGCGGUGUAGACUACAAAAGCUUUAAGCCAAUCGACAUACACGUACUAGACACAGAGAAAUUGAAAUGGUGGAAACUGGAGCUAAAUGAUGAUCAAGACUGCAAAUGUGUUCCGUUUCAGAGGUAUGGUCACACAGCCGUUGCUCUUGGAUCUAAUAUUUAUCUGUGGGGUGGACGUAAUGACAAUGAAGUUUGCAACACUCUGUACUGUUUCAACACAAUAACUCUAAAAUGGACAAAACCAACUGUAUAUGGAAAUGUACCAGUGCCGAGGGAUGGUCAUUCAGCAUGCAUCAUUCAAAAUUGCAUGUAUAUAUUUGGUGGAUUUCAAGAACACCCAAGUCUAUUUGCUUCAGAUCUAUAUAUGUUGAACUUUCACUCCAUGGUAUGGAGUAUAGUUAAAACAAAGGGACAUCCUCCAUCCUAUAGAGAUUUUCAUACUGCAACCGCUAUUGAUAAUAAAAUGUAUAUAUUUGGUGGCCGUGGUGAUUGGCACGCACCAAGACAAACUGAAAAAGAUAAAUAUUGUUCCAAUAUUUAUUAUUUAGAUACUUCUACAAGAAAGUGGAUACGUCCAAAAAUUCAUGGCACUAAACCUAUAGCACGGCGCAGCCAUUCUGCAUUUGUGUAUAAUGGCUUUUUAUAUAUCUUCGGUGGUUUUAAUAAAAACAAGGACUUACAUUUUCAUGACAUAAAUCGAUAUGAUCCAGUUAGUUCUACUUGGAUGAAAAUAUUACCAAAGGGCACACCUCCAUGUGCUAGGAGAAGACAGAUUUGUCAAGUAGUCAAUGACAGAGUGUUUAUAUCUGGUGGUACUAGUCCGCUUUUUCCCAGACCAACAAUACCUGCAAGACUGCGGGAAUACGAUCUGGGUGAUAUAAUGUAUAAUGUGGAUCUCAAAGAUCAUGAUGACCUUCAUGUUUUAGAUCUGAAGCCUAGUCUAAAAAAUAUAUGUAUGGUGAAUGUGUGGGAGAAUAUGGAAGAAAUGAAAAUUGAUAAUAUAGAUGACCUACACAUUCCGUUAUCAUUAAAACAUGAUCUGGCUGCCUUUGAUCCUUUUGAAAUUAUGGAUACAGAGAGCAACAUAAUGCAGUCAUAUGAAGAAAAUUUUCCUGUUCUUUCAUAGUAAACGUUCAACAAAUAACCAAAAUAGAGACAGAAAAUGCACUACUCAC